AUGCCCACGGACGCGCUAUUCUCACGAUUCGCCAUGCUUCGUGAGCACGGGACGCUAACGCCCGUGGACGAAGCUCUUCGAUCGAAAUUCACUUCUCCAGCACUCCGUCAGAUCUAUCUCCGCUUCGGACCUUCGACACUGUUGAACUGCACAUUCUGCCACGCUGACGACACAUUCUCGUAUCUCCUCUACCACUACUCGAUCAACAUUCUCCUACCACACAUCUUCCACAUCUUCUGCCUCGGACUGGCAACCUCGGAAACCGUGUCCGGCUAUGAGUCCAGCCGGUGGCGAGGGCAAGCACUCCUAUGUGCGCUCGCACUCGCCGCAGUCGACAUCGCCGUGACAACGACGUAUUCGCCAGUCGUGAGUCCAAGCAUACCCGCUCCAGGCGGCAUAUUCUGGGUGGCGUCGACACUGCGCUAUCUGGCUUUGUGUCUCUUUGACGCCGUCGUGGCUUUUCUCAUCUACGCCAGCGCGACAGGACGUUUCCUCCUCUUCAGUGCCCCGUCGGCCGCGGACCCAGAACUGGCUCGGCGGAGAAUGGAAGAGGCAGUCACGAAAGCCAACCUGUCACUCCAGCUCUCCCAGACAAAUUUGCGCGCCUACACAAUCGCCCGCAACGCGACCGUGCGCAACACAACGCUCAAGGCCAGCGACGACGACUACUGGCGGAGAGUCGUCAGCGUGGAAGAAUCGCAAGGCCUUGGUGAUGAUCGAGGGGUGUUUGAGGAUGAAGAGGUCCAAGCUGCCAUCUCGAGAGCCUAUGGAUCUGGCUCCAUGAAUGUCGAGCAAAUGAGGAAGGAAGCAGACGUUUAUGUCAAGAACGUCACGCGAUGGUUAGAUACGACAAGAUAG